AGGCUCAACCCCUGAUGUAUUCAAAUCCUAGAUACGCCCCUGGUCACUAUCCAGCAUCAUUUGAAGGUGGGACUUCCUUUUCUGCCACAUGGUCGCAGGAGCACAUGGUGUGAGAUGAAGAUAGUCAAGAUAGAUGGAGGAUGAUGAAGGUGAAAUUCUGUCUGAAGAUGAUGUUCUCUCAAUGGAAAACAUGUCUCACCACUGCCUCCAGUUCACCCUGAAUGGUUACAGAUCCCUCCAUCAGCUGUUUGGGAUUUCUUCUUACUCCGCUACUGGACCUGACUUCUACACCGACUCUACAGCAGUGAUGAUGAACUUCAGAGGAGGAACCGCGCUUCAGCAGCACCAGGAUGUGGAGCCCGAGCCCGGAUGGAGCGGACUGGACGACCCCUGGAACGGGACACAGAGGGAGACGUUUGUGUUUCCUGAGGAUGAGGACGAUGACAACUGGCCUAUGAGAAGCCACUCUCCUGUAUGGAUCCCACCACCUGUGGGGAGCCCAGCCCCACCUAUGAGAGGUCCCUUUUCUGUAUGGACCCCACCACCUGUGAGGAGCCCAUCCCCACCUAUGAGAGGCCUCUCUCCUGUAUGGACCCCACCACCUGUGAGGAGCCCAUCCCCACCUAUGAGAGGCCUCUCUCCUGUGUGGACCCCACCACCUGUGAGGAGCCCAUCCCCACCUAUGAGAGGGCUCUCUCCUGUAUGGACACCACCACCUGUGAGGAUCCCAUCCCCACCUAUGAGAGGGCUCUCUCCUGUAUGGACACCACCACCUGUGAGGAUCCCAUCCCCACCUAUGAGAGGGCUCUCUCCUGUAUGGACCCCACCACCUGUGAGGAUCCCAUCCCCACCUAUGAGAGGCCUCUCUCCUGUAUGGACCCCACCACCUGUGAGGAUCCCAUCCCCACCUAUGAGAGGCCUCUCUCCUGUAUGGAUCCCACCACCUGUGAGGGGCCCAUCCCCACCUAUGAGAGGCCUCUCUCCUGCAUGGAUCCCACCACCUGUGGGGAGCCUCUCUCCUCUAUGGAUCCCACCACCUGUGAGGGGCCCAUCCCCACCUAUGAGAGGCCUCUCUCCUCUAUGGAACCCACCACCUGUAUGGAUCCCACCACCUGUGAGGUGCCCAUCCCCACCUAUGAGAGGCCUCUCUCCUCUAUGGAACCCACCACCUGUAUGGAUCCCACCACCUGUGAGGGGCCCAUCCCCACCUAUGAGAGGCCUCUCUCCUGUAUGGAUCCCACCACCUGUGGGGAGCCCAUCUCCACCUAUGAGAGGCCUCUCUCCUGUAUGGAGGAGACCAUCCCCUUGCAGAAACCUCUCCUCUGUGAUGAGUCUAUCCCCAGUAAUGCAACCAUCCCCAUUGAGGAGGCCAUCACCUUCAGGGAAUCCACAGAGUUUCACAGUUCCUCUGCCCCAGCCUCAUGUCCAGAUUAACCCUCACCACAUUGUGGCUGGUCAGCUGUAUGUUCCUGACCCACGCCAGGGCAUAAGGAGGAGGAGGGACGAAGAGGAUGAUCAAGAAGCCCCUCCGAGUAGACGGCAGCAUGUGGAUCAGGAUGGGUAGCUGGGUUUCAUCAGGAGGAUCGUCCGAUUCCCCGUUCCCUGGGUUUCUAUUUACAUGGGAGAGCUGUAUGUUCAGAAGCUCAGUCAUCACCUCAUCUUCAUCACCUCAUAUCCAUGAUGUGUGGUAAGUAUCUGUGGUAAGUAUCUGUGGUAAGUAUGUGUGGUAAGUAUGUGUGGUAAGUAUUUCACCUCUAGAUUUCAGCAUUAGUCUUUUUUUUUUUCAGAGAGAGAUUUCAGCCUUUUAAACAUGUGGGGUGGUGAGAAUCUGUUGUUUCUUUUGUAUUUUGCAUUUGCGUUUAGUUUGUGUUAAAUGUAUAGGAUUUUUA